UUGGCUCGACCCAGUUCUCAACGGCUGCGACCUGAUCAGGUCGGGUCGGGCCGCGGCGCUGUUCCCUUGGCGCUGUUCCCAUGCGGCGUUGAAUGACAUGAGGCAUGAAGCCAUCUUCGACGCACUGGUAGCACCUCCUCGUCGGAUCCGACAGUCCCUGGUCGAUGGAAGCUCUUUAGCGGCUCCGACGGAACCAGUGUCGCCGUUGGAGGACUUCUUCCCCUCUCUCUCCCACGCCCGUGUUGGGCCGCGGCGACCUUUGGCCUUCACGGAGAGUGCGACGGAGAAGGUGAUGGCAUUGGAUGGGAAAGUCAUCAAUGUCACAGGGCGCCUCGGAGAGAAGCAACUCCAGGACCCUGCCACCAACUCGAGCGAGUGGGAGGUGAACCAAAAGCUCUGUGAAGAGGGCGAAUGCAAAGAAAGCAGGGCUCACGUGAAGGUG